GCAGAGGAGCCUCUUUGGCAAUCUUGGAUCCUCGAGGGAGCUCAUGUCUCAUCGAGGUUCCCGUCACCGCCUCUGCUUGUUUCAAAUGUCGUUCUUCAAAAUUACCGACAAAUUGGGCGCUGGGGACCUCCAAAUUACGUGCGCUCCUGGGUUCUGGGUUUUGUUCAGCGAGUGUCCAUGAAUUAAUCCUCAAGUCUGUCGAGAAUUCACUCGUGCCACAGCUUCAGACCCGAGAGGUUAUGCACCUGCGACGCUCACACACUCGAAUCAGCUGAAUUCGUUUCCCAUGUGGACCUACAACUACCACCGAGCUGUUGUACGUCUGUGGUGACCGAUAGCACUAGCGGAAUGGGGCGCCCCGCUCCGAAUGUGCUCCUUGUGGAAACGUUCAAACAUAGUCGUUCCGGCGAACAUGUUGACGAGGUACGCUUUCAUGAACCAGUGGUUAUUUCUGCUGUUGAGAUAAUGGAUCACAACGCAGCUUCUCAAUGCAGAUCAAUCUCUGUUUCCGGGGUUAGUAGUCCACAUACAUUUUCGGUGGAAAUAUUUGUUCGCAGUGGGGGAGACACGCGGUUCAAGCGCUUAUGCCAUCCUUUCCUCUAUUCAUCUUCAGCACCACCCCUUCGCGAUGUCCAGGUGGCAGUAACAGAUCACAUUGUUAUACGGGGGACUUAUGAUUCAUUGACUAUGAUAUUAUACGGCAAUUCGUCCAUCGAUAUCGGUCAACUGAGUGGGAAUCAUGACCUGGAGUCAGCGCUUCCAAGUUCAUCGUUGGAUGAUGCAUCAUACCGACUUGAGGACCUUCCUGAAGCAUUACAUCCUCGGAAGGAGAAAUUGUGUCCAAUAACUUCACUGCAGCAUUUGCACCUUGUGUAUAAUGAUCAGGAGCAAAUAUUGCUAGUCAGGCAGCUUCUACAGCUUUUGGAGCACAUUGGAGGAGCAUCUACUGAUCCUUUAACGAUGAACAAGCUCGUGAAAAUCCUUGUAUCUGCCGUCACGUCGCUUCAAGUCUCAGAGACCAGGUUCAGCGCUUCUCCUAGUUUUACAUCGUGGCCAUCUUCCGCAAACAUGGCAGGUCUUGAAGUUCAAGAAACGAUGAAAGUACCUCAAGGUCUCCUGGAAGCCAAGAGGGAGCUUCAGGAAUUGCAGGACGAGCUUAAGAAUCGGAGAGAUGAAAAGCUUUAUGAGUUUACGAGAGAUGAAGAUGAAGUUGCGCAUGAAGAGAAAAGUGCAGGAGAUGUUAGCAAAAGCGCAGAAGUAUCUGAUCGGGUUCUCGAAUUUAUUGUGCACUGGAUUCAGGAUGGUUUCCAACCCUCAGAGGUAAAACGGUUGAUUGGAGGUUUGGCUGCAGCCCAGCUCCUUUGCACUGAUCCUAAGGAAUGCUACAGGUUUGUUGCAGCUGGUGGGAUGAGACUAAUAACGGAUGUACUGCAGCAAGUGUCAGGAAAAUUUUCAAUUACAACCUUGCUUGCACUGGGAGUUGUAGAGUGUGCAUCUCGAUGUGCCUUCGGCUGCGAAGCGCUCCUCGGCUGGUGGAGCCCUACCGGAUCUAAUAUAUACCAAGGGUGUGGCACAAAUUAUGAGGUUCUUGUAAAUCUGCUUCUGCAACCGCAUUUGCACCACGUGGCUCGUUUAGCAUCCCGGAUACUCAAUCGACUCCGAGCUUACGAGCUGACUGCUGUGCUCCAGUCUACUGUGGACAUUCUUCUGGAAGAACCUCCAAGAGCACAAAGCCGUUCUACCGAAGAGGAGGACGACUUUAAAGUUUUGUCUAGAGCUCUCGGAACUUCUAAGCUACUUCUGGAAUUACUCAACAACAAAGGUAAAGUGGAGAAAGGUGAUUCUGCAGCUCGAUUUUCACGCUGGUUAAUAGAUGUGGAGGAUGUCGGAAACUCGUUACCGCCAUAUGUUGCGUAUGGUGCUACUGCUACGGUAACUCCGGUAAACGCAAGGCAGGAUAUCGAUCCGUUCUUGCUGUCUGUGCUGCAGGAAAGACGAUUACUUCCGCUUCUGGCUGCUCUUGUUUCUGCCCCCUGCUUUAGAUCAUCACAGGGUCGAGCUAUGACUAUGAGCUUGGAGUUUGUGGGUGUAAUCGAAGUCCUAUUACUGGCUUUAUUAAGCUGCCGAUCCGGGGUGCUAUUUCUUACAAAUGACAACGAGGCAGCUGCAGCUUUAUUGGAUGCUUUUCAGAGGAUGCAAGCGGUGCAUGAGAAGGAUCUUACACCGCUACGUCAUUCAGUAGCUCUCACUACUGCCGGUUUUCUUUGCCGGCCUCAAGACAUCGCUGCCGUGCUACAGAUCUGUUUCUCUGUGAUGAGCGCGAUGGAUCGUUUGUUGAGUCUAUCCAAUCGUUCUGACGAUCCUCUAUGGGCUCUUUGGGAGCUUUGUAAGAUAUCCAGACAAGCAAUAGGGAAGCAAGCAAUUCUGACGAUGACUUGGUUUCCGGAGGUCAUACAAUCACUUGUUGGAGCUCUUUCGGGCCCCGAUUCAGAUCUUGCGUUUGGAGACACAUGGAAACGUCCUGCCGUUCACCUUGUAGCGAAGGUCUUUCAAGUGCUGGUCAGUGAUCCAGCCGCUUCAAGUGUUGCUGCGUGGAUACCUCAUGCUGCCGUUAUGCAUCGAGCCCUGCUUCCGCACAUGGGGCAUAUGGAAUGUACUGAUGAGGGAGGGUACUCAGACAAGGAUGGGGCUUGUUCUGUCCUUCUAGAGUGGCUUGAUUCAGCGUUAGUGUAUCAGAAAAAGGGUGCAGUGGGCUUGCUAAAGUAUGCCUCUGCUAUAUCAGCUGGUGGCAUUGGAAAUCCACAGGCUUCUGCAGGAAUCCAUGCAGGAGACAGCAUGGACAUAGACAGUAAUACGGGUGAUCAAGGUGGAAACAUUGACCUUCCCAAUGUGGUCAUACCUUAUCAAGCUAAAUGGGGUGGCAAUGAUACGUCAACUGCAGUUUUGUCGGAUACGGCAAUUGUACAGCUGACGGUGGCGUUUCGCAUACUGGCGCUAGUUUCGUCAUAUCCGGGAAUGGCAGCUGUACUUUAUGGAGAAGGAGCCAUGGCGGUUGUUCAUUCCACCCUGAAUCAUUGCGCAACUGCAUUGACUACAGUUCCAAAUGAUUACGAUGUAAUGACAGAUGAAGAAGCGGAAGAUGAUUCUGAGGACCUGUGUAACCAUCGAAAGGAGCGCUUUAUACUGCGACUUCUACUGCCAACUCUCGCGUUCCUAUUGACUAUUUGUCGAAGCUUACAGCAAGCUGCAGUCGUGGACUAUCAAAACACGAAGUUAGUUGAUAUUCUUCUGGCUCUUCAUCACUGCAUCAGUGCUAGGUCUGCUACGUAUGCAUCAGUUCCUCCACACUCCUGGGCCGGGAUGACACAGGAGCUUGUUGCGGUUCAUCAUGUGCUGGCAUCGGUUUUAGCUUGUUGGCCUAUAUAUGGAUGGACACCAGCUUUACUUCCCCGUCUCCUUGGAGCGAAUAAUUCCAGUACAGCAUCAAGCUCAAUCUUGCUACCCAUGGAACCUGGGAAAACAUGCAGUGUUCUAACCCUACUGGCCGAUAUGUUGCCGCAAGAAAGUCCACAAACUUGCAACACCAAAUCUGCUCUUGUUGAAAUGUACAGAAGUCUUACUGUUGGGAGUAUUUUGGGAGUUCCAAGUGCAGCAGCUAUCAGCUGGCACACCCAAUCUCCUCAUGCGAAAAAGUUACUACGGGCAUUGUCUCCUCAUAUAGAUCAAAUUGCCGAAAUCAUCCUACACCACACACCAACGAUAUGUGGGGUCUUGCAGGGCAUGCUAAAGCUCUUUGUCGUACGGCUAGCAUGUAAGAACGUGGAUCAUGCUGCAGUAAUUGUUCGACCUUUACUGAAUCAAAUCCGAGAGCAAAGUUCAUCAAGUAUUUCUGGAAUUGUGAAGGAAAACCAGCAGGUGGAUCGCAUAAUACAGAUGCUGGUAGGGCUGGCGCUUCAUCCUGCAACGAAGCAAGUGUUACUGCGUGAAGGAGCAGUUGAAGUUCUUGUAAAUUUCAGCAAAGGUCAAGCCCAAGCAUUGACAACAGAGACAGUCCCAUUACCAGCAGAUGGUGAUGCAGCCAUCACAGGCUGGUGCCAGUGGACUACGAGGGCUUUAGCAGCUCUAUGUGAUCCCGACGUUUCCAUGAGACCUUUAGACUCUAUUGUGAGGAGGCUCAAGUGCGAUUGUCCAAGUUUUACCGAUUGUUCAACUGUAGCUUCGUGCCUUCUGACCCUCGUGCAGGUUCUUCCUCUAGGUAAAGAGCUUGAGUACGUGCUGGAAACUUUUGGGAAACUGGCCAGCCAUGUACUGGGCCGAGCUGCGAUUGCUUACAGCUUAUUGCCUUCACGAGACCAGACGUCGGACCUGGAGGAUGGAACUAAUGAUUCCCGGAAGUUCUCCGUGAUCAAUAAUGAUUCUUCACUUUCUUCAGUGUCGGCCUCACCUGACGAGCAUUCAACUCCAGUUUUCCUGGACCUUUGGCGACGAAUUUCUAUUGCCAUUGAAUCUGAUCACGGCGUCGGCUGUGUCCUCACAAAUAUAUUGCGCCACUCGGCCUUAUCAGGCAUUUUCCUUUCUGCUGCCGGUAAAAGUGCAUGUGGUGUGGGUGCAUUGAAAAUAUUAUUCGGCAUCGGGUCCGGUCUUUCAACCGAGAGGUCUGGGGAUGCGCUUAAUCUGAAGCAAAUUGAAGAUCUUGUUGCUGUCGUUCAGCAACGUGCAUCUGACGACUCUCUGAGCAGGCCACCAGAAAAAACAACCUGUCGUUCAACACUGUCCUCUAUCCAAGAGGCAUGUACAGCUCAAAUGACUUUGCUUCGCAUACUUAAAAAGCCUGAACGUGCAUAUGACCUCACUUCAAAAGUUCACGAAAUUGCGCAACGAUAUCCUGGACCACAAACUGUGGGAAAAGUAUCAACUGGAAGCAAAGUGCCUCACCAUAUAUCUGUACUUCCUGCUCUCAUCUCGUUGAAGGAAACUAUGGAUAUGGAGAAGGACUUCCCUUUACCUGAUGAGACGUCGACAGGAAAGGAUUCUGAACCAUCACUCUCUGAAUCUAGGGGAAGGCUUGUGUGGGAAUGCCCAACUUUCUCACAGGAUAGGCCCGUACUGGCAAUCAGCUCUUCUAAGAGGAAGACUGUCACAAUGAUUGAAGUUGGCAGGAAGCGAUACCGGAUGGAUUCUCCUGCCUCCUUCACACCUACAGUCGAUGGGACGCCAGCUGGAGGAACGCCCAGUGCAGGGCGUGCUGUACCGGCAUCUGCAGCAUUAGUACCUGUACUCAGUCGUCGGGACACGUUCAGGCAACGAAAGCCCAACACCAGUAGGCCUCCUUCUAUGCAUGUGGACGACUAUGUUGCGCGCGAAAGGAGCAGUGACAUCGUACCCUCGGGGAGCAGUCCAGCUCCUGUCCAGCGAUCUACAUCUGGAAGUGGAAGACCCCCUUCAAUACAUGUAGAUGAGUUCAUGGCGAGGCAGCAAGAACGCCAACAGUUCUCAGCAGCUGGAAACGCCACCAGUGAAGUUCCAGCAAGUGGGAAAGUUCCUCCAUCUAUAGAGAGUGGCGGAAAGGAAACAGUUGAUGCUUCUGGAAAAUUGUCGGACGAUGGUGGCCAAGGGCUGUCUCAGCAACCAGUAUUCGCUCCUAAUAUCAAAACCGAUGACUCGGUCAAGCAUGAACUAUCAGUAGCAGAAAGUGCCGCAGUUGGCCCCAGUUCUAGUCUAGAGCUGCCAGAGGUUUGCUCAAGUGUUGGAGAUAUCAAGUUAGAGAAGACUCCUGGUUCAACCAGUUCCAUGAGUACCGCAACAAACUCUAAUCAAGGCGACAGAACUCCGCAGGUGGCUGACAUGAUGCUUCUUCAGAGUAAAGUUACUCUACAAGCAUCCGUAUCACAUUCCACUGGUGCAAGUUUAUCAACGAGACUAGAGGAAGGUGUGCAAGCUAUGGGCACUCCAGGAGAUGAUAUCGUGCGGAUCAGCGUCACGAAUUCCGGUACUUCCAGUGGGAUACAAGGAAUGUCUGGCAAGAAUCAAAGCAUGAUGCCUCUACUUGUUAAUUUAAGAGGAGCUGAUCUGGUUGCAAAUUCCAGGGUCUCUUCAGAUGAACAGAAGUAUGAAGCUCCGCAGUCUGCCCAGCGGCCACCAGAAUUUCAUCUGAGCUCUGUGUUGCAGAUAGAUACCAGACAGUCUUCAGUGUUUUCACCAAAGAGGUCAAGUGAUGCGUCGAACAGCCUUGAAAUCCAUGUGGCUUCCGCCAUUGAGUAUGGCGGAACCGGACAACAAGUCCAUCCCCAAGCGCGAUCAGCUGAUUCUCAGCCUUCGGUUGUGCCAUUAACAUCCAUGAGAGAACCUAUAAAUUUAGCAUCCCUAGUGAGGGACGUAAGGCACUUUCUACCCCCUUCUGUUAGAUCUGUGAGGGAUUCCGCAACUUCUUCGUCCCAUAAUGUACUUGAAGGACAGUCCAACAGUCAAAACCCUCCUUCCGCCCCGGUGGCCCAAAGAGGGAACAGUCCUCUAGUCAGUGAAGUUAAUAGAGGAAUACCCUCAAGAGAACUCAGACUACAUCCCUCUGCGCCAGCAACGGAUCCAAGACUUAGUUCGUUUAGUGAUAGCUCGUCCCAAGCUACGGAUCCACGUCCCCGUCCCCCUGAUUUGCAGCGAGAUAAAAAGAAUACCGAUUCACCAGGAACGUCUGUACAACAAUUGCCUCCACCUUCUAUCCCUUGGGCCCAAACAGACGGUGGUCAGCGAAAGGACUCGAUCAUGUUAGGUCCACAGCCAACCAUGUUAUCACCAAGGCCCAACCCUCCUGCCUUUAGUCCUCAUCAAGUCAAUUCUGGUGCACCAAGGGCUCCAACAGAGGUGGCUGGAGUUGGUGUCCCACUACCACAAGGUCCAGGAGCACCUUGGUCCGGCCAAUUUCCAAGUGCACGCUUUUUCGAGGACUCAAGUAUCUCUUAUAACGCUAAUGGAAGGUCCUCACAACCGCAACCCCCUCUGCCGGUUGGUCAAAGUCCUGGAAUUCAUGGGCCCAUCCAAGGUAUAGGAAAUCUUGCAUCUCAGAUUCCUCCUCAGCACGCUUUAAAUCCCGGCAACAUCACUAUGGAAAAUAGACCUGGUUCGAGUAUUUCUGGUUCUCAAGUUCCGUCUAAUGAUCGGAGAUAUGCCGUACCAUUACAAGGUUACACACUCAUGUCUCCCCCGCUUCAACCGACAGCGUACAUACCACCACCUGUUCCAGCUGGAAGACCAAGUACACCUCAAGUGCCGGUGAACGUUGCCACCCAUCAGCAGCUUAUGCAAUUGCAGCAGCAGCAGAAUAUCAUACAACAACAGAUUCAGCAGCAGCAGCAGCAGCAGCAGCAGCAACUUCAGCAGCAACAGUUGCAGUCGCGGCAGCAUCCUUUGCAACAGCAUGCUCCACCCCAGCUUAUGCAACAGCAGAUGCAAAUGCAAAUGGCUGUCCAAGGUCUGGUUCUUCCACCUCCCCCACCACCGCCUCUACCACCACCCCCUCCACAACAACAACAACACCAGCAACAGCAACAGCAACAGCGUCUACAGCUGCAAGAACCUUCAUUUUUCCUACAGCAAAUGUUGGCUUCUCCUGAUGCUAUUCAGGCUCUUCUCAAAGACCAGAACAAACUGCGUGAACUGCUGGAGCAACACCCCAAGUUGAUAUCUCUACUUCAAGAAAAGAUGAGCCAAGCUACUUCUCAGUGAGCGACUGAGGCCAAAAGGGAAAGCGUUCUUCAUUGGACGUGUCUCCUUUUUCAGGAUCGUCUGGAUUUCCACUUUUUCUUCCAACUGCAUGGAAGUGGACCUCACCCGUCUCAACCAGCUUACUGCAGACUUGAAAGUCCCGAAUGGAGAUGUCUCUCCGAUGCAAGAAAAUAUGCCCGUCUGAAAGAUCCGUUGGGGGUUGGAUCGGACCAGUUCCUUCAUGUCUACAAAGUGCAGCGUUUUGGCUUUUCUCAAUUGGAGUUCAAAAAGUAUGAUCAACACUGGUGACUGAUACAGAUGUACAGAUGAACGAGUUACUAGCUGCCAGAGGAUCGAUAGCAGAUGGUUUGCAGAAUUGCAAUCUUUUCCGUUCACCCUUAUUGUUAUGGCUUUACUUUGCCACAUUAGAAAGGGAAUCAAAAUACUCUGUUACAUCAGUAAAUGAGCUUCAUUUCAGAACUGAAAGGUCCUGAACCUGUGUUAUUAAGAUUGCCAUGAUCCGGUCUAGAAGGACAGGUACAUCCAGUUGUCCUGAGCCUGCCUGUAUAUAAUUACAAAUAUUUGUUCUUACAGGAAGCAGGACAGCAAGCGAUUAGGUUCUUGUGUAUAGAAAUCUGUUAUUUCUGUGAAGUCGGAUGAGUAAUGCGCUUCUCGCGGUUGGAAUUCUAACUUUGCGACUAACAGACUGACGAAGUCGAGUAAAUGAGAGUUUGCGUAGGUCA